UAAAGGGGAGCGACGGGGCUGCGGCGGUAGGAGGAGCGCGGGGGCCGGGGGUAGUGAGGUCUGGAGGUCUGGGCGGCGAGCGGGCAGCGCGGCCUUGGCCUAUGUGACUGGGCGGCGCCGGCGCGGCCUCCGUCUGGAGAGGAUUCAAGAUGACCAGCGAGGAACCUCUUCUCAAAAAGGUUCGGCUGAGUGAAACAGACUUCAAAGUUAUGGCACGGGAUGAGUUAAUUCUAAGAUGGAAACAGUAUGAAGCAUAUGUCCAAGCUUUGGAGGGCAAAUACACAGAUCUUAAUUCUAAUGAUGUAACUGGGUUAAGGGAGUCUGAAGAAAAACUAAAGCAACAACAGCAAGAGUCUGCUCGCAGGGAAAACAUCCUUGUAAUGCGACUAGCAACCAAGGAGCAAGAGAUGCAAGAGUGUACUACUCAAAUCCAGUACCUCAAGCAAGUCCAGCAGCCUGGCGUUGCCCAACUGAGAUCAACAAUGGUAGACCCAGCGAUCAACUUGUUUUUCCUAAAAAUGAAAGGUGAACUGGAACAGACUAAAGACAAACUGGAACAAGCCCAAAAUGAACUGAGUGCCUGGAAGUUUACGCCUGAUAGAGGCCUGAUGGCGUCGGACUAUUCCGAAGAAGUGGCCACCUCCGAAAAAUUCCCCUUCUAGAACAUGUAGACACUUGAGAAAUGUUUCUGUUUGAAGAAAAUAGAGGGAGAAACAGAAGUUUUAAGUCUGUGGCACACUGUGUCUUCAGGCAGUUUGGAGGAAUGAAAACCUAGAGAUUUAAAAUCAUGAAUUGAACAUGUAAAAUUCCAGUAAAAUGUAAAAAUGGAAUAUGCAUCGCUCUUAACCUUGAGCAUAGUGACUUAGAGACACUGUAUAUCAGUUUUGCCAAUAAGACUGUGGACUUC